CUGUCCCCCUGUCUGUAUCCUAUGGAGCAUCUUGGUGGCCAAGUCCCCUGCUCCAGCUGGUGACACCUAGAGGCUGGUGACGCUUUCUCAGGUUCAAAUUUCCUCAUCUGUGAAAUACAAAGGUCUUGGCAUGGCAUUUGGGGCAAUGGCUACCGGAAGCAGCUUAACUCUAGCUUUAGAAACAGACACCACGCCCAGGGCGGAGUAGGCAGUAACUCCUUUCCUCAGCCCCAGAUAGGGAACAGUUAACCAGGCUGGGUGGAGGGGAUUACUCAAUCCUGAGUGGGAAGGCUAGGGACUGGUAAGUGACACCGGGACGUGGAAAUACCGACCCUCUUUAGAAACUCAGAGAAAAUUAGGGACUCCACCUAGGGGUUGUGUACAUCCAAGUGCUGGGACACGCCCACUUUACUCAGACUUGAGGGUGAAGUGCUAGGGUGGAGUCCCAGGCUGGCUCCCACAGGGCAUCGUUUUGGAUGGGCGGGGCCUACCGGCAGGCAAGAACAAAUCACGUGACCUCCGGGGCCCACUGCCACAGGGGCGGGUGGUGAGGCUACCUCCAGCUGCCAGUCUGGAAACCAUCAAAGGUUACCCUGUACCCUUAAUUACUGUCUGCUGGUGGGGCUGAGACUCGCGGUUCCCCGCGGCGGGUGCGCGCACAGGGCGCAGGAUGGUGCACCCCGGAACAGCGCACACCUGGCGGGCCGCAGGAGGACUGAAGACCAGGAGCCCAGGCAGAUCUGGAGUCCCCGCCCGGCCCGUAGCCUCGGAAGCAGCCCCAGCUUCCUAUGGAGAAGAGAUGGACCGUAUGGGAUUCCACUGGCUGCAUCUAGUCUCUGAGCUCCCCUAGGUCUGCAGGGUGUACACCACAGCCAUGGCUAAGCCGCUGGCUUUAGCCUUCGAUGUUCCAGAGACCACAGGAGGGGACGAAGACCUGGAGCCCAGCCCCUAUGAAGAGAGUGAAGUCCACGACUCCUUCCACCAGCUCAUUCAAGAGCAGAGUCUUCGGGUGGCCGAGGAGGGGCUGGAGUUACUGUCCCUGGGUCCAGGCAGAGGUGACCAGACCCUCCCUAGACCUGAAGGCGCCCCUGUCCUUAGCACGGCCACUCUCCGCAUCUUGGCCAGCAUGCCCAGUCGUACCAUUGGUCGCAGCCGGGGGGCCAUCAUUUCCCAGUACUACAACCGCACGGUGAGGCUUCGGCGCAGGAGCAGCCGGCCCUUGCUGGGGAAUGUGGUGCGCUCUGCCCGGCCCAGCCUUCGGCUGUAUGACCUGGAGCUGGACCCCACGAUCCUGGAGGAGGAUGAGAAGCGGAGCCUGUUAGUGAAGGAGCUUCAGGGUCUGUCGGUGGCCCAGAGGGACCACAUGGUCCGGAACAUGCCCUUGAGUCUGGGGGAGAAACGCUGGCUCCGAGAGAAAAGUUGGAGCCCAAAGGUAAAGCGGAGGGACCAGCAGGGCCGCCGCCGCGGGGCCUUCUCCUGCUGUAGUCGGCUCAGAUACACCUGUAUGCUGGCCCUUCACAGCCUGGGGCUGGCACUGCUCUCAGGCCUGUAUGCUGCCAGGCCAUGGCGCUACGCUCUGAAGCAGAUCGGUGGCCAGUUUGGCUCCAGCGUCCUCUCCUACUUCCUCUUCCUGAAGACCUUGCUGGCCUUCAACACGCUGAUGUUGCUGCCUUUGCUGGCCUUCCUCGUGGGUGUGCAAGCUGCCUUUCCUCCUGACCCGGCCGGCCCCGUGCCUACCUUCUCUGGUCUGGAACUCCUCACAGGCGGGGGCUGGUUCACACACACCGUUAUGUACUACGGCUACUACAGUAACACCACGCUGAGACAGUCAUGUGCCUCCGCUCGGGAAGGUGGCCUGUGCAGUCCCAGGCUGGGCAGCCUGCCCUAUAACAUGCCAUUGGCCUACCUCUUCACAGUGGGGGCUGCCUUCUUCAUUACCUGCAUCGUUCUGGUAUACAGCAUGUCCCACUCCUUUGGGGAAAGCUACCGGGUUGGCAGUACCAAGGGGAUCCAUGCUCUUACCGUCUUCUGCUCCUGGGACUACAAGGUGACACAGAAGAGGGCUUCCCGUGUCCAGCAGGACAGCAUCCGCACUCAGCUGAAGGAGCUGCUGGCCGAAUGGCAACUGCGAAAGCGCCCUCGGAGUGUGUGUGGGCAACUGAGGCAGGUUGUUGUCCUAGGUUUGGGGUGGCUGCUGUGUCUGGGUUCCACCGUGGGCUGCACAGUGGCUGUCCUUACCUUCUCAGAGACAAUGAUUCAGAGACCUGCUUCUGGUGGCCAGGGGUUGGAGAUGUUGGCCCUGCCGCUGGUCGUCAGUGUCCUUAACCUGGUUGCCUCCUACCUGUUCCGUGGUCUGGCCGCUCUGGAGCGACAUGACUCCCCUGUGUUGGAGGUAUACAUGGCCAUCUGCAGGAACCUAAUCCUGAAGAUGGCUGUCCUGGGAGUGCUCUGCUAUCAUUGGCUGGGCCGCAGGGUGGCCGCCCUGCAGGACCAGUGCUGGGAGGACUUCGUGGGCCAGGAACUGUACCGCUUCAUGGUGGUGGAUUUCAUCUUCGUGCUCUUGGACUCCCUUUUUGGCGAGUUAGUGUGGAGGCUCAUCUCAGAGAAGAAGCUCAAGACGGGGCAGAAGCCCGAGUUUGACAUUGCCAGGAAUGUUCUGGACCUGAUUUAUGGACAGACACUGACCUGGCUGGGCGUCCUGUUCUCACCGCUCCUGCCUGCAGUGCAGAUUCUCAGGCUGCUCCUGCUUUUCUACAUCAAGAAGACAAGCCUGAUAGCCAACUGCCAGGCACCUGGACGACCCUGGCUGGCUUCACACAUGACCACCGUCUUCCUCACCCUGCUCUGCUUCCCGUCCUUUCUGGGUGCAGCCGUUUUCCUCUGCUACGCUGUCUGGCAGGUGAGGCCCUCAAGCACUUGUGGCCCCUUCCGGACUCUGAACACAAUGUAUGAGGCUGGCACGGUCUGGGUGCGUCGCCUGGAGCACGCAGGUUCUGGGGCCUCCUGGCUCCCCUGGCUGCAUCACUUCCUUGUGGAGAAUACUUUCUUCCUUUUCCUGGUGUCAGCCCUGCUGCUGGCUGUCAUCUACCUCAACAUCCAGGUGGUGAAAGGACAAAGGAAGGUCAUCUGCCUGCUCAAGGAACAGAUCCGGAAUGAGGGGGAGGACAAGAUCUUCCUGAUCAACAAGCUUCACUCUGUUUACGAGGAGGAGGGAAUGAGCAGGCCUGGCAGAACCCAGGAAGCUACCAUACCACCUGCAGCUCCUGAGGAUUGAGGGUACAGGAAGGAACCCUGUACCCCAAGUCACCAUGACCCUGUGGGUAGAGACUUGGACCUGCGAUCCCCAUAGGACCUGACAGUAGAGUGACUUUCCACAAACUCGAGUUGGCAUGGAACAAGGCUAUGGGAUGCUCCCCCCCCCCCCCCCCGCAGGGUGAAUCUACAUAGCCGUGGGUGUCCUGGCACACACUCUGUAGACCAGGCUGGCCUUGAACUCAGAGAUCUACCUGCUUCAAAGUGCUGGAACAAAGAUGUACACCCCCUUUUAAAAUUCCGAUUAAAUGGGUUUUGCAGUCUGA